ACUUAUCGACUGAAAUUUUAAUUAAAAGAAUUGUUUAUUCAUAUUUUUUUAUGUUAGUUAGAUUGCUAUGUUAUAUCGUAUAUCGAAAAAAAGAGAAACAAAAAUAAUGAAAAUCUGGAUGAUGUCCAAGAGCUUAAAAUAUAAAUAAAAGAAAAUCAAUGUAAAAAUAUUUUUCCUAAGUUGUACGAAAAUAAAAUAAUAAUAUACGUGCGGGAAUGUAGUCGUAGCUAAAAUACAGGUCAAGUUGAAGGUUUCUUAUUUUUUCAUUAAAAUUCAUUUGUAAUGUUACUACUAUUUGAAAUAUUUUUUAUGAACUGAGCAGAUACAUACAUACAUAUUUGUUAUUCCAAGUAAUACAGAACAAAAAUUAAGCUAAACGCCGUCAAACAAUUUGCUAGGUCAACGCGUAUCAAUACUUUAUAUUUACUAAAAAUUCGAAAACUAUUCGCUAAAAAAAAAAUAGAAACUAAAAUAUUUAAAAGAAAAUAAAAAAAAUUUGACAGGGACAAAGCUAUGCAAUUUUUUAAGAGUGUCGUGAAAAAAAAGAGAAAAUUAAUUUGUAGACAAAAUCUUCUUAUGAAACAAAAAAUUAAAAAUAAAUAAAUUUUAAGUUGUGCUACACAAAUAUACACACAUGCAAACUUGUAUAUAAUUUAUAUGUAAAUAUUCUGGUGAAAGAAAAGAAGCAAAACAAAAAUACGAGAAGAACUGAAACAUUUUUAAUAUACAAACACAAAAAGAAAAACAAAAAUUAAAUAAAAAAAAAAGAAAGCAAAAAGGUGAUGAAAAAUAACGAGAGUGAUGUUAAAAAAAAUAACACUGUUAUAUUUAAAGUUGAUGAUAGUUGCUGUUCUAAAAAAGUUCAGAAUAAUUUCUAUGAAAAUGGAUAUUUUCAUCAGGACGUAUCAUUUGACGAAACAAUUAAUAAUAUUGGUAGUGAUCCAAUAAGAAAACCUCGUAAACGUUUAAUAACAAAUGAAUCAGCUGAUAUUUCAACAACAUCUUCGAAAAAACCUGAAAUACCAGAUGGUGGUUAUGGUUGGAUUGUUGUUUUCGCAUCAUUUUGUAUAUCUUUAGUGGCUGAUGGUGUUUCGUUUUCAUUUGGUCUUCUAUAUACCGAACUUUUGGCUUAUUUUAAAGAGAGUAAAGCAAAAACAGCAUGGGUUGGUUCAUUAUUUUUAUCAGUUCCAUUACUUUUAGGACCUGUAAUGUCGAAUUUAGUUGAUAAAUAUGGUUGCCGUAAAAUGACUAUUAUCGGUGGAUUAUUGUCAUCAGUUGGUUUUGCAUUAGGUUCAAUAUGCAGUUCCAUAGAAAUGCUUUAUAUAACAUUUGGUGUUAUAUCUGGUAUUGGAUUGGGAAUUGGUUAUGUUACAGCAGUCGUUUCGAUUACAUUUUGGUUUGAUAAGAAACGUACUUUUGCAACUGGUAUUGGAGCUUCUGGUACUGGUAUUGGUACAUUUAUUUAUGCACCAUUUACAGCAUGGUUAAUAGAAUAUUAUGGUUGGAGAGGAGCUACAUUGAUAUUGGCUGGCACAAUGUUAAAUUCUGUUGUAUUUGGUGCUUUAAUGCGUGAUCCUGAUUGGUUAAACGAAGAAGAUGUCUUAGAUAGUAGAUGCCAAAGUGAAAUUACAUUAUUAAAUUGUGAUACUAAUUUUUUAGAAGUAAAAAAAUUAAUCGAUGAUGGUGCAACUAAUGAUGAUAUAUUAGACUCAUUAGUUUCAACUUGUAAUGCUAAACAAAAUGAAUCGAUAGAAGAUAUUACUAAUCAAAAAAUUUUCAAAAUUAAACGUUAUCAUAGUGAAGAAUUUCUUCCAAAAAAUAAUUUAGAUAAUUUUUAUCCCUUAACUACUACAAAAAGUAAACAAGAAAAAUGCUUAAAAGCUCCUUCAAUUGCUUUUAGUCUAUCCACAAUUGCGAGUAGGAGUACUAUAUGUGAGAGAUGUGAUGAAUCUAACAGGACAAGUAAAUAUUUAGCAAGUGCUGAAUCACUUUCACCUUCUGAAAAUAUAUCCUUAAACUCAUUUAAUCCGUUUUCAACAGAAGAAAAAAGGUCUGUUGAUCCUUUUACUUUAAAAUAUGUUCACAAUAAAGACAUUAAUGAAAAUAAUGUUGAUGGCCGAUAUAAAAAUAAGAGACGUUUAUCGUUAAAUGAAAAUCUUAUCAGUCACAAUUCUUUGCCUAAUUUACAAAUUGAUUUAAGAAGAAAUACUUUAGGUAUAUUAAAAAUUAAUAAUAACGAUAAAAAGAAUUUGGAAAAUUUAUAUAUUUUGAAGGAGACAUCAACUAAUAAAACUGAAAAUAUUUCUACGAAAAUUGAUACUAUUUUGGAUAAUUGUGAAAAUGUCAUUGAAUUAAAGAAAAUUAACAAUCGUCAUUCAUCUUAUAAGAAGAGAAGUUCAAUAAAAAAUCAACAGUGUAUUCAACCUUCUCGUUUUCAUCGCAAUUCUAUAAUAGCUAGAGGAAUUGGAAAUAAUAUUUUAAAUAUAUAUAAAAAUAAAACAACGUAUCAUAAAAGCUCAUCUUGUCCAAAUAUUUUAAAUAAUAAUGGGAAUAGCACAAAUUCUAUUAUUCUGUUACCUUCAAAGAAAAAUAUUGAAGAAGAUGUGGAGGAAAAUUUAACAUGGCGUUCAAAUCUAAUAAAAUUUUUAAAAUCCGUAUGCGAUUUUUCUUUAUAUUUAGAUUUAAAAUUUUCAUUAUUUAAUUUUUCAACAUUAUUUUUAUUUAUAUGGUAUAUAAUACCAUAUUUUUGUAUAACAGAAUAUAUGAUUGAAUAUAAUUAUACGGAAGAAGAUAGUGCCUUUUUAAUAUCAAUUAUUGGUAUAUUUAAUACAAUUGGAAUGAUUACUUUAGGAUUUAUUGGUGAUAGACCAUGGUUAAAUGUUAAUAUUAUGUAUUCUAUAUGUAUGUUAUUAUGUGGUUUAUCAGUAAUAUUAAUGCCAUUAGCAAUUAAUUGUUAUUAUUCUUUAAUUGGUUUAUCAAUAAUAUUUGGAUUAACAUUUGCAUCAACAUUUUCAUUUACACCAAGUAUAUUAGUUAGUUUAGUUGAUUUAGAUGAUUUUACUUCUGCUUAUGGUUUAAUUUUGUUAACUGAAGGUAUUGGAAGUUUAUUAGGACCGCCAUUGGCAGCUUUAAUUUAUGAUUAUACAUUAAAAUGGGAUGAUUCAUUUUAUGUAGCCGGUGCUUUUAUAUCAUUUUCUGGUGUUUUAUCAUAUAUUGUUGAAUUAUUAGAACGUCAUGAUAGAGCAAUAAGUGAAAAAAAUGGUAUUUUAAUAUUAAAUAAUGAUAUUAUUAAAAAGACAAAUGAAAUUAUUUUUGUUUAAAUUUUAAUAAUUUCAUAAUUAAAUUUGUUGAUGAAAUUUUUCAUAGAUACUUAUUGAUUAUUAUUACA